UCUCGACUAUGACCAAAUACACCUGACAAGAACUCCAAAGCAAUACAUUAUUCAACAUUUUCAAGAAGUUGCUACAGAGUGAGCUGACAAUUUCAAACUUCCCUCGGGUCGGGUUCUCUUUUUCUCCGGCAGUAAAGCAUUGUGGGUGAAGGUGGGCGGAGGAAAUAUGGCGGAUGGUGUAGAGCCGGAGAAGAAAAGAAGGCGAAUAGAGGAGCUGACUGACGAAAUGGCUGUUGAUGGUGGGUGUGGGGACACUGGAGACUGGGAAGGUCGCUGGAACCAUGUAAAGAAGUUCCUCGAGCGAUCAGGACCAUUUACACAUCCAGAUUUCGAACCAAGCACUGAAUCACUCCAGUUUUUACUAGACACGUGUAAAGUAUUGGUUCUUGGUGCAGGAGGAUUAGGAUGCGAGCUGUUAAAAAAUCUGGCAUUGUCAGGUUUCAGACAUAUUCAUGUAAUUGAUAUGGACAGGAUUGAUGUUUCAAAUCUCAACAGACAGUUCUUGUUUAGACAUUUUAAGAAGAUACAAGAUUUGGAUGAGUCUUUUUACAGACAAUUUCACAUCAUCGUGUGUGGAUUAGAUUCUAUAAUUGCAAGACGAUGGAUUAAUGGCAUGUUGAUGUCACUUCUCAACUAUGAAGAUGGUGUAUUGGAUACAAGUUCUAUAAUACCAUUAAUAGAUGGAGGAACAGAAGGGUUUAAGGGAAAUGCACGAGUUAUCCUUCCAGGAAUGACAGCAUGUAUAGAUUGUACACUUGAACUUUAUCCACCACAGAUCAAUUUUCCAAUGUGCACCAUUGCAACCAUGCCACGGCUUCCAGAGCACUGUAUUGAAUAUGUCAGAAUCCUGCAAUGGCCCAAAGAACAACCUUUUGGAGAGGGAGUUGAAGUUGAUGGUGAUGAGCCAUCUCACAUACAGUGGAUUUAUGAGAAAUCUCUUGAAAGAGCUGCGCAGUUCAGUAUUGUAGGAAUCACUUACAGACUUACACAAGGAGUUGUAAAGAGAAUUAUCCCAGCAGUAGCAUCUACAAAUGCAGUCAUUGCAGCUGUGUGUGCUACUGAAGUCUUCAAAAUAGCCUCGAGUGCAUACAUUCCACUGAACAACUAUUUGGUAUUCAACGAUGUAGAUGGGCUCUAUACAUACACAUUUGAAGCUGAAAGGAAGGAGAAUUGUCCAGCAUGCAGUCAGCUGCCCCAAGAUCUCCAGUUUCCAUCAUCUGCUAAACUUCAGGAGGUUUUAGACUACCUAACGAAUCAUGCCUCAUUUCAGAUGAAGUCUCCAGCCAUCACUGCAACAUUAGAUGGGAAAAAUAGGACGCUGUAUUUGCAGACUGUCACGUCAAUUGAAGAAAAAACAAGACCAAAUCUUACCAAGACAUUGAAAGAGCUUGGCCUAGUCCAUGGACAGGAAUUGGCAGUAUCGGAUGUGACUACACCACAGACAUUACUGUUUAAGCUGCAGUUUUUAUCAUAAACUACUUAAAAAGUAUGCAAUUUAGUGUACAACUGUAUAGUUCAUAUGGAUAAAUAUUGAUGACUGUGUAGAUAAUUGUAUAUUAUUGUAUUUACUUGUGUUAUUGCUACACAAAUUGUAAAGCUUAACAGAUUGGAAAUUAUUUAAUAAAUUUUAUGUUGAGAACGAUU